UGCGGUUGUUUACAUAACAUCCGUGAUCGUGUGCUAUGUGUUGUAUAUUUCAUCAUUGAUAAUGUUUGCACAUGUGAUGAUACAUAUUAUUGGUUGUAGGAAAUGGCGGACGAGGAGUUAACUGAUAUCAUGGUAGACAUGGAGUUUGGAGAACUGAUGAAAGACUGGGUAGAAGAUUGGUCAGAUAAUGAAAAUUCAGAUCGUGAAGAUUGGUCAGAGAAUGGGAAUGAAUGGGACGAUCUUAAUAUCGAUGAGCUUGAUGAUGAUCAGGAAAACAACUCGGAGCUCUCGAAUGAAGAUUACAUUAGUCAGUUCAUUUCCGAAUGUCAUAAUGCGUACGACUAUUUCGGUGAAUCCGGCGCGGAGACAGGCCUUAACGACGAAUCAUUAGAUGCACCUGAUUCUGGGGAGUCCCAGUCGUCGGUCAUCAUGAGUGAGGUGACACAAGAUGAUGGGGCAAAGAAUGUCCAAGAUACUGCCAGUGCAGAUGAUAAGAGGGAUAUGUUCAUGCAGAUAAUGGAAAUGACCUUUACAUCUCACGAUGCUGCGUAUGAUUUCUACAACAGCUAUGCUAGAGAUAAUGGUUUCAGCAUUAGAAAGAAUAAGGCCAGGUAUAGCAAAACGGAGUCACGUCAUAUGCGUUAUAGGCGGUUUGUUUGUUCGAGACAAGGGAAACAUGACAGCAAAUUGCUAACCGAGGAAGGACACAGCCAGAGGCUCAGAGCCGAGACACGCUGCUUUUGCGAAGCGCACCUGACCGUCAAGCUUGACCAAAAGCGUGGGGUUUGGUAUGUUGAAAGUUUUGAGGACAAGCAUAGCCAUAUGUUGGCAGGACCGGACGAGGUACCUUUUCUUUGGUCCCACAGAAAAAUCAAAGAGUACCAAAAGCAUGAGAUAAUGUCCAUGGGAGCUGCAGAGAUUAGAAUUCACGACAUGAUGGAUUGCUUCAUCAGCAAACAUGUAUGGUACGGCGGUGUUGGUUUUACCAGGCAUGAAAUAUACAACCUUUGCGCCAAGGAGAAGAGGAAGCUGCUUUCAAAAGGUGAUGCUGCCACAGCCAUAGGCAUCAUGGCCAGUAGGAAACAGAGGGAUCCUAGCUUCUUUUUCGAGUACAAGCUAGAUAAGGAAGGACAUUUGAAUAGGAUGUUCUGGUGCGACUCCCAGUCUCGUCAUGACUAUGAGGACUUCGGCGACGUGCUUGUAUUUGACAGCACGUACAAGAUGAACCGCUAUGUUUCAGACGAGACCGAGGAGACAUACGUGUGGCUUCUGCAGACUUUUUUGAGGUCCAUGUGUCAAAAGAUGCCUAAGAGUGUUAUCACAGACGCCGACGCUGCGAUGAUCAAGGCAAUUCGCGAAGUCUUGCCAGACGUGUGGUACCGUAUAUGUAUGUGGCACAUAGAGAAAAAUAUGAAGAUUCACCUCAGUCACAAGUCCUUGAAGGAGUUCCGAACUCUUCUGUACUACAGCACGUCCACGGCCACAUUUGAGGAGAGAUGGCACGCAUUUUCCAAAAGAUGGCAGUCGGGAAAAACUGUAACAUGGUUGAGACGGAUGUAUAAAAAGAGAAGACUAUGGGCCGCGGCUUAUCUAACAGAGGGAUUUUGGCUUGGCAUGAAAAGCAACCAGCGGAGUGAAAGCCUGAACUCAUGCCUUCACCUCCGCCUAGACGGUGAAAUGACUCUGGUGGAUAUGAUUUUGCACUAUGAGAACGCCGUUGUGCGUAUCCGUGAAAACGAGGCGCGAGAUGACUGCACGGCCUCACAGAGUUUGCCGGUGCCAGUUACUAGCUGGAGGGAACUUGAGAUAGCUGCUUGUCACGUCUUCACUCCAGCAAACUUCUAUAUGUUGCAAGAUGAUCUUAGAAAAAUUGACGGCAUGGAGAUUGUAGAAAUUAAGCUGGGAGACGGAUCAUAG